AUGGCGGCGGCUCUGCCCUAUGCCUCGCGCUCGAACGGCGCCAGCAGCUCGAAUGUCUCACUGCCUCACCAUCGCCGGACGUCUCUGUCCUCGUUCCCCCCCUCUCGCACUCCGUCGCAAAUAUCCUACAACUCGCGCCCAUCAAGGUCGCCGCACCCGCCCAUGGCCGAAACAGACCGGACCUCGGACCCGAGCGCCAAGUCCAAGACUUCCUCCAUCGAACCAUCCUCGCAGCAUUCGUCCUUGUCUGCACCUCGCCGAACGAAUGAGGAUACGCACCCGCAGAAGAGGCCCAAGGCCCAGUAUCCUCGCGGAUCCUACGCCAACCAUGUCGAGUAUAUCCUGGUGGCCUCCUUCGACAUUGACCGCGGCCCGGUGAUGGAGCACCAAUACCCUGUCGCCAUUACCGGAGACGAGAAUAUGUUGGCCGAGUUGAUGCUUCCGGAUCAAGCUCACGCGCGUAAUCAGGACUGGACCAUGUUCUUCCUGCACAAGGACUCUUCGCCGGAAGACGAAGACGAGGAAAGGAAGGAAAAGGCCGAAAGGAAAGCUCGAAGACAGAGACGGCGGGACAAGGCGGCGGGACUGGUCCCCGAGGACGGCGCAGAGGGUGGGACUGGCAAUGAGAACGAAGACGACGACAAGGACGACGACUUGGACGACGACUUUACGGAUGAUGAGUCCUCAGAUGGCGAGCCCGAUGCCGAAGAGGGCGCGCCGCUCAUCUACGUGCUCAACCUGGUCAACACCAAGCACGACAAAUCCGUGAAGCGAGGCGCCAUUGUCAAGGCCAUGGCCAUCUGCACCAGACAUCCCUUUUUGCACAUCUACAAGACUCUGUCCAUGCUGUACGACUCCGUCAAUGCGAUGGACUUGUCUCUUAUGCCCAAGUUGAGCUUUCUCGAGAGGAACCUGCUGCUGGCGAGCGACAACAAGGAUCUGUUUGUGGAGAAGUUCGAGCGGAUUAUCCAGAUGCGCAUGGCAGAGGAUAGGGCAGAGACCGCUACGGAGGGGUCCGGCGAGAGGAGCCAGAGCCCGCAGUACACAGGCGGCAUCUCGAGGGCCGGCACCAAGGCGCAUUUCGAGGGUGGGCAGUCGACGUAUUCCGUGGCCCGAGACACGCACGAGUUUGAGAGCAAAGUCAUGUACAAGGGCAUCCCCAUCCCCAUCAAGGUGCCCACGGCGGUCAUGCCCGAGACAGUGGGCGACUUCUCGCUCAUCAAGUUGAUACAGAACUUCUCAGAGGCCCACGCCAAGUCGCCGCAGCCGUUUCCGCUGCACCCGCACCUGACGACCAACGGCGUCAACACGCACCCCAUCAUUGUGCUGGUCAACGGGCUCCUGACGCAGAAGAGAGUCAUCUUCCUGGGCCACAACAUGCCGUCCGGCGACGUGGCCGAGGCGGUGCUCGCGGCCUGUGCUCUCGUGUCCGGCGGCAUUCUCCGGGGCUUUACCCGCCAUGCCUUUCCUUACACCGACCUGACCAAGGUGGACGACCUGCUCAACGUGCCGGGGUUCAUAGCGGGCGUCACCAACCCUACCUUUGAGCUGCAUCCGGAGUGGUGGGACGUGCUGUGCGACUUGCCCAGCGGCCGCGUCAAGAUCAGUAGCAAGAUUGAGAUGGCGCCGGUGACGGAGGGCCUGAUUUACUUCCAGCAGCAGCACCCCAACCUCGCCAACACGGCCAGCGGCGUCUCCAACACCACGCAGGACCUGACGGGGGACGCAGCCUUUAUGUCGGAUAUCCUGAGGAGCAUCGCCGCCAGGCAUGGCGAGCGGGUCAUCCGGGCCAAGUGGCGCGGCUGGGUCAACAAGUUUACGAGGAUCGCGGCCCAGUUCGAGGAGAGCGUGUACAGCACAUCUGCUCUGUACAUUGGGGGCCACGACCAGGACCUGGCGCUGCCGGGGGCCAGCGGACACGGCUAUGUCUGGCCGGACGACACUGCCAAGUUCAAGGAGCUGGCUGGCAACGUGACGAGGAUCGAGGGGUGGCGGAACACGCGUAGUUACUACAGCUACAUCCAGGAUCUCGCGCGAAUAUACACCGUCCGCCCGCUCAAGGGGCUGGACCUCGCUCACAUGCACGACCGGCUCCGCAUGCAGCGCCUGACGCCGUCGCAGAGCAAGGACAUCUACCUGACGCUGGCCAAGCACAUCCACUCGUACGAGGAGAUUUGCCUGCUGCUGGACGUGGCGCCCGAGUCGCAGGCGGGGCUCUUCUACAUCGCGCUGGGCCUCUUCCACAAGGACCGCGAGGUGCGCAUCAAGACGGCGGACCUGCUGCAGCGCAUCUCGGAGCACGAGGCCGGGCAGCACUGGUGGAAGAGCCUCAGCCAGUUUGAGAAGCUGGCGUACAAGCGGAUCCGGCGCGAGGCCGACGCGGAAACCAACAAGUCCAAGCUGGAGAAGGAGGGGCUUGUUCUCAGUCCUGUCAUGGAGAGGAUGCUGAGCUGAGCC